CACAUUGCGGGCGCGUGCUCAUGUGCGCGCUCACACCGGCUAUUGUGUUUUUAUCAACAAGCAGACCACCGUGGCCUCACGGGUAACUGAGCUGGCCGGCUGAACGACGAGGGGCUGCGAAACCAUGGCGGACGAACAAGAAAUAAUGUGCAAACUGGAAAACAUAUUGGAAAUACGGAACAAGACUGUCCAGAUGCAGAAGAUCAAGUCUCGUCUUAAGAUUGAGUUUGAGGCUCUGGAGUCUGAAGAGAAGCACCUGAAAGAGUACAAACAAGAGAUGGAUCUGCUUUUACAAGAGAAAAUGGCACAUGUGGAGGAGCUGCGGCUCAUCCAUGCAGAUAUCAAUGUGAUGGAGAGCACUAUCAAGCAGUCGGAGAAUGACCUGAAUAAGCUGCUGGAAACAACUCGCCGCCUGCAUGAUGAGUACAAACCUCUGAAGGAGCAUGUCGAUGCCCUCAGGAUGACCUUAGGUCUGCACAGACUUCCCAACCUGAACGAAGAGGAGGAGAAGCUCUCCCUGGAUUACUUCGAGAAGCAGAAAGCCGAGUGGCAGAAGGAACCGCAUGAGCCCGCCAUUCCAGAGUCCCUCGCUGCCGCCGCCGCAGCAGCACAGCAGCUUCAGGUGUCCAGGAAGCAAGAUGCACGUCAGACGGCCACCUUCAGACAGCAGCCCCCGCCUAUGAAGGCUUGCUUGUCCUGCCACCAGCAGAUCCAUCGUAAUGCUCCCAUCUGCCCAUUGUGCAAGGCCAAGAGCCGCUCCCGCAACCCAAAGAAGCCCAAAAGGAAGCCUGAUGAGUAGAUCUUACUCUACCCUCAGCUUCAGUAGCAUUUAAAGGGACCUGGUCCGAUACACUGAUCUAAGAUCAGCCAUGUACAUCACAAUAUAUGACUGAAAGAACAGAUCUGUGCUACAGGACAAUUUCCAAAAACAGUCCCCACUUUAACAAAUUGUCUUAGUACCUUUUUUCAUAAAGUGUCGACUGAAAUUGAUGGAAGAUCUGGUAACGUCAUUCUGUUGUUUUUCUCAGUGCUUUGGAUGUGUUUACAUGUAACUGUAUGACUUCUAUAGUAGGUUUACUAGCACCUAACCAUGUAACUGCAAUAAUGCAAAACUUAAAAUGUCCAAAUAAUUUUGCUCAUGUUGCUUUUUUUUGCCUUAGAUAUUGUACUGUACUUUCAGUUUUUUUGUUCAGUGCAUGCGUGCUUCCAUGGCUGUCUGUAGUGUAUUUUUGUGCCAAUAUAUAAAUCAAAUAGGUUUAAUUGAAGUUAAAUAAAACACAUUUUAAUGUUUACAGUGUUCAAGUGACCACAAACGGGAUAAAAAAAGGCCAGACUCAUUUGCUCUGAAUAUUGUUGUGUGUUUAACUUUAAUACAGUGAUAAGAAAAUAAAUGGCUGUUUUGUACUAA